AUGCCAGUCCUAAUCACGUACGCUACUUCGCAUGGGUCGACGCGCGAAAUAGCCGAUCGCAUUGCCUCACGCCUGCAUGCCAAUGGCUUUGCCGUCGACUGCCGGCGGGUCGACCACGUCUUCAGCGUCGAGAACUACAGCGCGGUCAUCCUGGGCAGUGCCGUGCACGGGUCGAAAUGGCUCUUGGACGCACAGAAGUUCCUCGACGUCGAGGCCAUGGGACUCCAAAUGAGGCCGACUUGGACGUUCAGUGUCGGGAUGGCCCCCGCGGUCAAGGGCUCCAAGUGGGUGAGAGAUCGAGCUGUGAGGAGAGAAUCUCAGGACAUUCGGGACACGAUCUCCAGGAAGUUGCCCAAGGUCCGAGAUCACCAUUUGUUCGCUGGGAAGGACGACGGAUCAGAAAUGUCGGGCCCCGUAAAAUGUCUGUGGAGUUGCAUGGGCGGGCGGUUUGGAGACUACCGCGACUGGAAUGAGAUUGACGAGUGGGCGGAUGUGAUUGCCAAAGAGCUGAAGCUCGAAGGCACAUGA